AUGGCAGGAGUCGCAGCUAAAUUAGGAAAUUUAACUUCAUGUAAAGAGGGUACUCCUAAAUUACAAAAAUUUUGGUACUAUGCAAAAGUAGAAUUAGUUCCACCAAAACCUAAAGAUAUACCUAGAAUUAAAGAAGAUAUAAAAAAACUUGUUGAUGGUUAUAAAAAAGGAAAUUGGAAAAACUUAACCGUAAAGGAAGCUUUUUUAAAUGCCAUCGUAACAACUGAAGUCAUUUGUUGGUUUUUCGUUGGAGAAGUCAUUGCUAGGGGUAAUUUAUCAGGAUAUCGAUUCAAUUAG